CGAAUGAAUAACGAGCACCUGAUCGGCCAGCUGACAGUGUCUGUCUGUCGCGCAUGGACGAAGGUGGAAGCAGGAAAGAAGACAGAUCAAAUGUUUUCACGGAUUGAAUUUAAUGUGAAGUUCACAAAUUAUAUACAACAAGUUGAACACAUCUAAUUGUAAAAAUGCCUCAUGAGUCGUACAAUGUUCCACUCAUUCAACCUGAUCUGAGAAGGGAGGAGAUGAUACUACAGAUUGCAGAUGCUUUGGAUUAUCUAGACAAAGUAUCUAACGAUAUUUUCAACAGGAUCAGCAACAAGGUGACUGAGAAUAGACAGAAACUCCAGUCGAUUAAUGAAAGAAUUAACACUGCUCAGGCUAAAGUAGACCAUAUAAAGGGUUCAAAGAAAGCUAUCAAGGUGUUCUCCAGUGCAAAGUACCCAGCUGCAGAGUCGCUUGAUCCAUACACAUCUGCGUUCAAAGAUGAAAAUAAUCUGAAACAAAUUCAUCACCCACAUAGACAUAUCCACAGCAAGCAUCAGUCACUUGAUGAUCGGAGUCUGAAAGAGAAACUACAGUUUUAUAAUGUUCAUUUGAAAAUAAGACAGGCAAAUAAAGACGACAGUGGAGAAGGACUUGGGAGUCUACCAAGUAAUCUUUCAUCUGUUAGUUCUUUGUUACUCUUUAACACCAGUGAAAAUCCAUAUAAGAAAUAUGUGAUGUUAGAUCCUCUUGGUGUUGUGACAAAAACAAGAAAAUCACUAGAAGAUGAUGAUGUUGAUGGCAUUGGAGCAGCUCCAGCAUCCAUCACUCAAAGAGAACAACUGGAUAGAGUGGGUGGGGAUAGUUACUUCUAUCGACCUGAUCUAGGAAUUGUUCCAGAAAUUGAUGUCCCUGUCUAUUUACCUGAUCUACCCGGUGUUGCUGAUGACUUGACAUAUAGUGCUGAUUUAGGACCAUCCAUUGCUCCUUCACUUCCUGGCAGUAAUGUACCUGAUCUGCCAAAUGUUAUUUCGGAAUCAACUAGUGAGACGUCUGCACCUCCUCCUCCUCCUCCUCCCGGGGAUUCUAUGCCUCCACCCCCACCUCCCCCACCACCUGGUGGUGCACCACCUCCACCUCCACCACCGCCACCCCCGCCGCCACCACAAGAAGAAGGUGCCCCUCCUCCUCCUCCACCACCUCCUCCCACAGGGAUUGAAGGGGCUCCUAAAGAGGUGGCCACACCUGCAACAGGUCGUGCUAAUCUCUUGGAUUCCAUCAGGAAAGCUGGUGGUUCAAAGAAACUUAAAAGUGUGAAAGACAGGAAGUUGGAGAAGAAAAAGGAAAAGAAAGAUAAGUCUGCAGCAGGUGGUGGUGGUGGUGGUGGGGACCUGAUGUCCGAUUUGAUGAACAGGUUAGCGCUGAGAAGAGAUGGAAUUUCAGGAAAGAAGAAGCCCGCUGGGAAUGAUGACAGUAAUCGUGGUUCUAAUUCAGUCGGAGAGAAUUCGGUGAUGGGAAAAAUUUCAGCCAUGAUUCCUCCCCCUCCAAAGAUGAGUAGAGAUAGUGACUGUGAAGCAGACUGGGCUGAUUAAUAAGUUUUACAUUCUGUAUAUACAUAUAUGCGGUAAUAUUAACAUCCUGUUAAUUUAGGGAUUGCAUCAAUACAUAAAUUUGAUGUGUAUUGGCAACAUACAUGUGCGUGGUACUAAAUGUGUUAACCCUCAAAUUAAGACACUACCCUAAAUGUUAUGUCCGGAACAAAAAGCAGUUUUAUAGUUUUUAUGAAAUUUAUAGAGUUCAUCAUUAUUCCAUAUACCAUAUUGUGCAUGUAAACAAUUGUUUACUCAAUCAUUCAAAUAUUAUUUCUUUUGGCCAGACAUAAAUCAUAAGUUUAUGUGCUGCUAAUUGAGCAAAUAUGGUAUGGACAAUUUGAAAAAUAAGUUGUCACAUUUUUUGUCGUCAAAUAUGAUCAAACACUAUGACACAUUUCAAUACCUGAUGUAUCAUUGUAUUUUUAUCCAUGUGUUCACAGAACCCAUGUGCAGUCAUACAAAUAACCCAGUGUAAUUUCUUAAUUGGUAGUUCCUGUCUUGUUUCACUGAUCAUGG